AUGGAGGCAAAAAAGAGCAAAAGAAUGCGCUCUCAAGAGGACGUGGACGUGCGUGAAAUGGGGCUACAGCUAAGAUACGAUUUUGAGGUCUCACUGGCGGCAUACAUACCCUUGAAGCCCUCCAUACCGUGGAAAGGUGAGGGUUCUGUUCAAGCACGUUGUCCACUAUCCUAUGAUGAUGAAAAUCAUAUCAUACAUGCAACAAUAGCACAAGGUAGGAGAUCUGUUGGGAGGAACGAUGUUUGUCCCCAAACCAUAAGAGACACUUUGUACCCUAAAAAUAAAGAUGUCGACAAUUACUGCAUACAAUUAGCAUCAAAGUUUGCCUUUAAUAGAGAAGGUGGUGCUGGUGGAAGAAAAAAUUAUAGAUAUUCAAAGCGACGAGACCGUGAUCUGAACAAGGUUGGGCAAGCGUCAACAUCCACAGUAACUAACCCCAUUAUUGAAAAGCCUGCAAAAAUUCAAGUCAAUACAUGA